UCUCUUUCUCUCUCUGUCUGCUCUCCCUCUGUCUGCUCUCUCUCUCGCUCUUUGAGUCCAUUCUGCUAUCAGGUGUGUGUGAUUAAACUUUCUCUCCCUCUCUCAGACCCUUUCCCUCUCUCUUUCUGUUCCCUCUCUCUCUCUGUUCCCUCCCCUCUCAGAUUGCUCUGUUUACUCAGAGCGGCUGUCGUCGAGUGUCUGUCAACCAUGUCGUCUCUGGGUGCCUCGUUUGUCCAGAUUAAACAUGAGGACCUGCGGUUCUAUGAGAACUGUGGAGGGGGCAGCUUUGGGACUGUGUACCGAGCACACUGGAUAUCUCAGGAUAAAGAAGUCGCUGUGAAGAAACUACUCAAGAUUGAGACUGAGGCUGAGAUUCUGAGUAUUCUCAGUCAUAAGAACAUCAUUCAGUUCUAUGGAGCCGUACUGGAGUCCCCCAACUAUGGAAUCGUCACAGAGUAUGCAGGCGGAGGUUCUCUGUAUGAGUACCUGUCCAGUGAGCAGAGUAAGGAGAUGGACAUGGAACAGAUCAUGACCUGGGCCAUGGAGAUAGCCAAAGGAAUGCACUAUCUUCAUUCAGAAGCCCCAGUCAAAGUCAUUCACAGAGACCUCAAGUCACGAAACGUGGUACUGACAGCAGACAAGGUGCUCAAGAUCUGUGAUUUUGGAGCGUCUAAGUUCCAGUCCCACACCACCCACAUGACAGUGGUGGGCACCUUCCCCUGGAUGGCCCCAGAAGUCAUACAGAGCCUACCUGUAUCAGAGACCUGUGAUACAUACUCCUACGGAGUGGUGCUAUGGGAAAUGCUGACACGAGAGGUUCCCUUUAAAGGCUUCGGGGGGCUGCAGGUGGCUUGGCUGGUGGUGGAGAAACAAGAGAGGCUGACCAUCCCCACCAGUUGUCCGCCUAGCUUCGCUGACCUGAUGAAGAGAUGCUGGCAGGCUGAACCAAAGGAGCGUCCGGUGUUUAAGCAGGUGUUAGGGACUCUGGAGACCAUGUCUAAUGACAGCAGACUACCAGACCAGUGUAACUCAUUCCUACACAACAAGGACCAGUGGAGGUGUGAGAUCGAUGCCACGUUGGAGAGGUUGCGGAGGCUGGAGAGAGACCUGGGCACUAAAGAGAAGGAGCUGGAGGAGAGAGAGCUGAGACUGAGACUGUGGGAGGAGAGACUGAGGGAGAGGUCCAAUGUGACACCUUUCUUCUCCCCUAUAGCAUCAGGCAUCAGUUCGGAGUCAUUCUUCCACUCUCAGUCUCAGGAGUCCAACAGCGCCAAGAUAUCCUGCCUCAUCCGAACCCUCAGCAAUGGAGAGAAGGACAGGGGAAUGGAGGGAGGGAUGGACAGGGGAAUAGAGGGAGGGAUGGACAGGGGAAUAGGGGGGUUCCAGUCCAUGCUUAGAGGCUUAUCAAGCAGUCUUGGGGAGGCAGCUGGGGAUGGAGGGUUAGAGGUAACCUGGGGAGAGAGAGAGAAGGAGAGGGAGUCUGAGGGAGGGAUAGUUGGGGGGUGUCUGGCGCUAGGGGAGGGGGGGCGUUUACAGAUCAUGCUAAAGGGGUUCCAGGGUGGGAUUGGAGAGGUAGAGGGGGAGACUGAGAGGGAGGAGAGGGGUUGGGGGGAGAGUGGGAGACAAGAGGGAUCGAGGGAGCGAAUGAAGGAGGAGAGGAUUGUGAAGGGGGGGAGUAUGGAGGGAGGGAGGCUACAGUCCAUGUUUAGGGAGCUGAGUGGGGGCAGUUUGUUUGGGGACAUGCUGUCUUUAGUUGAUAUUGAGGGGGUAGAGGGGGUAGGUGACAUGGACAUGAACAUGGGGGAGAUAGGUGACCUGGGGGUGGUAGUGGUCAGGGGUGAUACGGCUGGGGUCAUAAGUCAUAAGGUCAGGAGUGAGUUGGGGGUCAGAGGUCAGGGGCUGAGGUCGGGAGUACAGAUGAGCAUGUGGAGAACAUCCAAUCAGAACUCUUCUAAGACUUGCAGCGUGCGACAGGGAACCAAAAUCAAUAUGGCCGCCACCGCUGCGGCAUUAGACAUGAACGUGGUGGAGCUGAGCUGGUCUGACCACGACAGUGACUAG